AUCUGUGUCACCACCUCUGUUGAAAUCCAGCUCCAGGGAGGUAUAUAAACACUGCAGACCGAUCUGUACAUCACACCCACCUCUCAGAAUCGGCAGGCAAACUUGGUUGACAGAGAUUGCACAGAAUGGCAGCCACCCAUUCCACUGCUUCGCAUACGCCGGACUGUGAGCCCAACUGCACCCUGGAGAGGGCGCUGCAGACCAUCGUGAAUGUCUACCACCAAUAUGCUCCCAGAGAAGGCAAGGAUGACGAUUUGAGCCUCAAGGACUUGACGGAGCUCCUCAAAUGCCAAGCUCCCACCUUCCUGGCCGCCUGUAACAGGAGCAGCCCUGACUACAUCCCUAAGCUCUUCAAAGAGGCAGAUGUUGACCAAAACAAAAAUCUGACUUUCGAGGAGACCAUCAAGGUGUUCGCUCUCCUGGUGGAUGAUGCCCAUCGCAUAAGCCACGGCGAGGACCGAUGCGGCCCAGACAAUGACUGAGCUCAACACAGCCCGGCAAAGAUAACCCAUCUCAGAAUCGCGGGCCUUUCUGUUGCUCACUGGUGGCGGGUGGCUCCACGUCAGUGGCCCAGUGGGAUCCGCUCCGGGUUCUAGCCCAACCUUUCAAGGAGCUGUCCGAGAGGCUGAACCUGAAGAACCUUGGACAUCUCCUUGAAUUUUUGGACUGAAACCCAGAGGGGAUUCCACUGCCCCACUGGCGUGGAGCUGCCAGCAGACAUUGCUGUCACUCAUCCCUGCCUGUGAGAACUGACUGUUUGGGCUCAGUCAGAGGGUACGCAGGAGGCAGAUGAACCAAAGGCACCCUGCACUUUCAAUGGAACAGACACUUUCCUGAAAAUAAUAAUAAUAACAAUUAAUUGCCAUAGCAAAAGAAAAUCCAUAGCAAUAAAGGAAUCCAGAGCAAAACAAGUCAAGAAUAACAUUGCUGAUUACAACAGGAGAAAGCAGCAACAUCGUAAAGCACAUUAACCUAUACGUCGUCUUCAGUGUUAGUCCUACUCAGAGUAGAUCCAUUGAAAUCAAUGAGCAUGACGCACUGAGGCCCAUCGAUUUCAGCGAGUGAGUAAAACGUCUUUGGAGACAACCCUAUGAAACGAAAUGCAUGCUGAACAGAACGGUUAACGCCAAUCCCAGCCAUAACGGCAACACAAAUGCAACACUUCCCAAAGACAACCGUCUCGACAGGGAAAUUAUGUAUGCCAUUGACAUGUUUAUUGCCUGAUUAUUCAUUAAAGCAUUGCAAACCCUCAA